UUUUUACUCUUGUUUUUUUUUUUUUUUUUUAUUAUAUAUAAACAUGUAACAAAACAUUGAAAAAGGGGAAGACCAAACAUAAAAGAGUUAUUGAAAACCCCUUUGCAGUAGCCCUACUUUGGGGUGCAAGAAAAUAUCAAUACACGUGAGUAUCGCUAUAUUUUGUUUGGCAAUAGAAUUGUUCCAGCUCCCGCCUCGGUGCACAAAGCUGAAGUGUAGCAUCAUUUGGGCUUUCGUUACAGACAAGGCACAAAAGAGAUUGUGACAAAAGUAUUGCAGUGUAAACUGUGCAAUGCAAACAUCAAAUAUUCGAAGAACGCAAGAAAUCAGGAGGUGCACAUAACGACUAUUCUGAUUUACGGCUAACAGGACAACAGCAGCAAAUGGCUAACAUUAAAAGAGUGGAUCCAAGUGGCGCUCAAAAACGAAAGAAAACAAAAAGAAAAGAAAUCAAAUACUGAAUUUUUUUUGCCUAAAAAUCAAAAUGACAACUGAAGAGGAGGAAGACCCAGCCAUUCUGGCGCCGCCCACUGAACAAGCUGCAUCCACUACGUUUGCCAGCAGCGGAGAUGAGUGGGAGUGCCCUCAUCUAAAACAAGCUCAUUGCAUUAGUUGGAGAGAAAACAAAGGAUGCAAUUCUUCAGAAAGUCAAGAAGGCAGAAGUAAUUUUCUGUAAUAAUGGACUGCACACCCGAUAUUAGCCACAAUGAACAACUAUCAUUGGUGCUUCACAUUGUGAAUUGAGAGUCAUUGGUGGGAGCAAAUAUUGCAGAACACUUUGUUGGAUUUGUCAGUGUAAAUGAUACCACAGGGAAAGGCCUGUUUGAUACCCUAACUGAGCAGCUUGACAGUUUCAGAUUGAAUAUUUCACAUUGUCAUGGUCAGUCAUAUGAAAAUGGGAGUAAUAUGAUGGGACACAAGCAGGGACUCCAGAAAAGACUGAGAACCAUAACAAGGCUCUGCAUGUUCCCUGCAGCAGUCAUUCAUUGAAUUGUGCUUUGUGACUUUUUUUUGGCAUUCUUCAGCAUCUGUAUAACCUCUUCAGCUCAUCAGUACAAUGCUGGUCAAUCCUGCAAAGCCAUGUGCAGCUCUGUCAUGUGUCAAAUCUGUCAACAGCAAGAUAGGAAUGUUGCAUUGACAGUGUGAAAGCACUAUAUCACCAGUUGCCUGAGAUGGUAGAGGCCUUAACUGCACUUGGUAAACAUGCUGCAGAAAAGGAGGAUGGACAGACAUUGACAAGAGCUGGUAAGAGCUGACAUCCUGGCGGUUUGUUCUCUGCAUUGUGAUCUGGUACAAUGUACUUUGCAGAAGCUAACUUACACAAUCAAUCUGAUAGAGUCCCAAAAUGUAAAUGUAUGUUCUCAAAUGGGAAACAGACAAUGUCAAAUAUUUUCUCCAGGAGUGCAGAGAUGGACUCAUCAGCUUAAACAGAUGCAAGAGAAUUUGCUGAAAAUAUGCAGAUAGACAUGACCUUUCCUGUUGCACGACAACGGAGAACACAUGUUUCUUUAUGAGGGAAAAGAGGAGGCUCAGUUCACACCAGAGGAACACUUCAAGCAAGAUCUCAGGAAUGACUGAAUGGCUUAGCAGUGAUUUCUAUUGAGCAGAGAAUCAGAAGAUCCAUGAACAUGGAGGAUAUAAUUAAGGAUUUUGCUGAAGCAAAAAGCAGAAAGGUUCAAUUCAGCUGAAAGGACUAGAUUUUUGCUCAAGAUUAUAAAGAACAUUUGAAGAUCCAUGGCAUUCCAGAUCCAAUUACCAUUUUCAGUUCCACUUCCAAUUCCAAUUCCAGCAGGACCUAGAAAAACAGAUCCUCUAAUACAAUGCAUCAUAGACAAGAAGUUAAAGAACCUUAGCAAAUUAAUAAUAAGAGGUAGAGAUAUUAAUGGUUUGUACUCAUCUGAAGUUUGGCAUGAUGAUGUUACACCAUUAACAGCAGCAGUUAUAUGCAGAAAUGAAGAAAUCUGCUCUUAUUUACUUAAAGAGUCAGCUGACCCUGACAAACCCUCAACAAAUGGACAAACACCUCUACAUUAUGCUGCUUUAACUGGAGUUCCAUUGACUAUUGUGAAAAGAUUACUUGCAGCAAAGGCUAACCCAGAUGGACAUGGAUUACAAAUUUUUACUCCAUUGCAGUGUGCUGUUAAAAAUGGCCAUGAAGACAUUGUGAAAGCACUUAUAAAGGGUGGAGCUUCACCUGUAAGGAACUAUGGUGUGAAUCCAGAACUUGAUAAACAGGUGGAGACAACGAUUCAUCAACUAUCUUCACAGGGUGAAGUGUCUGACAAAGUACGUAUAUCUUUCUCUUUUACUUGUGCUGUACUGACGAAAGACCAGACAGAAGUUUACAGAGUCUAUAAGGAUCAUUUCUUUCAAGAGGAUCCUUUUGAUAAUUUGAUUUAUUUUGAGCUCUACUUUGGUGUUGUUGGUCGUGGUGCAGAGCAGUACCGUCAGAGCGCCAUCAAGUGGUUAAAAGAUACAAAGAGUGCUGACAGAUACAUUGAGGGACUCAUCAAGCGCUUCCCAAGAAUCCUUCAGGAACACAGGCCGAUUGCACUGAACUGCUUAAAUGCUGCUUUGUGUGUCAGUGAAAGCAUCUCUUCUCAGGUAUUCAGUGAGCUUGUGGCAAUUUUAACAAAGAGUCUUCAGCAAUUUGGAAAUGCACAAGAAGAAAGAAUCAAUCAUUUGAUACUAAAGAUAAUUAAUGUCAUGAUGCAGAAGACGUCUGAGCAGAAAAUGAGUACAAACAAUUCUGUCUAUGAGAAGUUAUGCAAAAGUCUAUUGCCUCUCACACAUCCUGAUUAUUCAAGUCAAAUUAGACUUUGGACCUAUGGACUGUUCACCAAAAUAAAUGAUUUUGCUCCUGAACUUGUUGCAUUGUGUGGAUUAUCUCCCGUCCCAGAGAUGAUACUUAUCAAAGCAGAGACAGAGAUGGAUGAAGCCAUGAAAAAAAAAAUGCAGAAGUUGGAUGAAUCACUGAGAAAUCCAAGUGCAGUGGAUAGUUUAUGUGAGGAGGCUUCUGCUCUGUCAACAAGCAGAAAGAAGAAGAAAAAGAAAAAGAAGAAAAAAAUCCAGCAAGAAGUGGGAUCAAAAGAAGGUGAGCUGCAAGAUGAAGAGGAACUGUAUCCAGACACUGAAGUGAAAUCCAUUGAGAAAUCAAAUUCAUGUGUGCCAUUCACACAGCCUGCUGAGAAUCCAAAUAUCUCAAAAAGGUGGGUUAAGACCAGCCACCGCUGGAGGCCAAAGCUUGAGAAGCUAGCUAACAUGGAUAUUAGCAAUACCUAUAGGCUGGGAAACCUUACUCUUGUACUCAGAGAUGAAUUUCAGAUUGCUAAAGGAAGUGAUGGAACAGAAGUUUUUCUAGGAUUGAGGAAUGACGGCACAGAGGUGGCUGUGAAACGAAUGAUUAAGUCCAAUUAUCAGGUCCUCAAAAAUGAGGAGGAAUUUCUACGACUUCCACAACUUGAUAGUCCUUCCAUUGUGCGAUAUGUGGACUUUGAUGAAGAUCACAAUUUUGGAUAUCUUGUUCUUCAGCUUUGUGAGUACACACUGGAGGAAUAUAUCCAAGAGCAUUUACCAGAUAAUAGCACUGAGAGAAGUUCGGUUCUGAAGAAGCUGGUGAAGGAAGUUCUCUGCAGCUUACAGGUUUUACACCAACCGCAGACCAAAGUGCUUCAUCGGGACAUCAAACCCCAGAAUGUUCUGAUUGACAUAAAUGGAAAAGCUAGAUUGGCUGAUUUUGGCAUAAGUCGUAGACUGAACUUAAGCCAAACAACAUUACGAACAAGCAUUGCUGGAACUAGAUGCUGGAAGGCAAAGGAGACCAUAGAGGAGGAGGGCAACACUGGGUACAAGAGGAGCUCCGACAUUCAGGUUGCUGGGAUGUUAGUGUACUACAUUCUCUCUAGAGGACACCAUCCAUUUGGUAAAGGUCCAUUUUGUGAAGUCAACAUUCUACAAGGAAGAUACUCACUGGAACAUCUGGAUGAUGAUGUAGCGAAGGAUCUUGUCGAGUGGAUGAUCAAUGAAGAUCCAAACAACAGACCAACUGUGGAGCAGACCCUUGCACACCCCUUCUUCUGGACUGAUGAAAGGAGAGUGGAGUAUUUGAAAAAAAUGGGGAACCAGAAUGAAGCCGAGAGCUGUCGUAAUGUUGAUGAGGAGCUCCUUCAUGCUAUUGAAAAAUACACUGAGGGGAAAAGCUUUUCUGAAUGGAAAACUAAAUUUUUCUCUGAGCUUGUCCAGAAAAUGGAAAUGAAUAGGAAGCCCUAUCCUGAGAACACACUGGGCCUGCUGCGUUUCAUACGCAACCUACACGAGCAUUAUCCAGAUGACGCAGAGAGCAUCAACCUGAUGGAUUCAUUCCCUGAUCUCUUUGGGAGUGUGUUCAGGUUUGCAAAGGAGAGAGGAUGGAACUCCAGGGCGAGUCUGAAAAAGUUCUUCUGCUCAGUUCCACAGAUAUGAUUGUUGGUAUUUUUUAGUAUGUACAUUGAUUUUGCAUAAUGAAGGUAUUUCAUGAAUGAGUUUAAAUGUGGGGACAGAUGGAAGAUGAGCUAAGAUCCAUUGUUUUUUGGGAAAUCAGGCCCUGACAACUGAAAAACAUUGACUAUGUUUACAUGCACACCUUUUGUUUCAGUCGGAUUAAAUUCAUUAAUUCCGACUGAAUCAUUCACAGAAUUAAUUUUUUUGACAUGAGCACACUGCAGGAAUACACAGAGUUUCCCGCUGUUUGCACAUUCUAUUCUCCUACACUUAUUUAAAGGAUUAGUUCACUUUAAAAUGAAAAUGACCCCAAGCU